AUAUAACUUCAUAAAAAUGGGCCAUCCAAGUAUGCAUUCAUGGGCACACUCUAUCACCCCAGGGUGGAUGACUAAGACUAAAUCAUUAGAGCCACAUAUUGACGAGCCAGGCUACGUCAAGGAAAUGCUCCAAAAAGGAGAGAACCCAAAGGAGUUGCUUUUGGAAGAAUGUAAGCCAAAAUGCACUCACUGGAAGGAGAAAUUAGAGAGAUGUGAGAAACAAUUAGUGACUAUCAUUAAGAUUAACCCAACCAAGUCAUGCCUCUAUCCAUUCAGAGACUAUACUACAUGUGUUGAGGCUUGUGUCCAGCCAGUCAUCCACAACAACUUGGUUAUCGAAUAAGUAGAGAACUGAUAAA